CGAUCAGCGGCGCAACGAAUAGGCUUAGAUUAGAAGGAGGAGGAGGAGAAGGAGGCGAGGAGUAAAUAGUGCGUCCCUCAGUUCAGCCUAAAGCAGAGUAACGAGGUUCACGUGCAGUUAUCUUAUCCGUAUAAAAAUCCUUGAUACGUUUUUUCCUCCCGGAGCUUUAUUUUUUUCGACAAUUCGCGGGGACUGACCGUUUCAUUUCGUAACAGUCGGUCGGCUCUGAACGAUGCAUUCCCUCUCAGUGAUAUCUGUCCUAAUUUUGGGCAUCGCCGUUCCAGCUUUAGCGAACUACGUUGAGGCGUUGGCUGCCAAUGCCGGCACUGGCUUCGCUGUGGCCGAACCGCAGGUCGCCAUGUUCUGCGGGAAGCUCAACAUGCACGUGAACAUCCAGACAGGCCGCUGGGAACCCGACCCGUCCGGCACCAAGACGUGCAUGGGCAACAAGGAGGCCUUACUGCAGUACUGCCAGGAGAUGUACCCCGAGCUUCAGAUCACAAACGUGGUGGAGGCCAAUGAACCAGUGAAGAUUGAAAACUGGUGCAAGAAGGAUAAAAAGCAGUGCAAGGGCCACACACACAUCGUGGUGCCUUUCAAGUGCCUGGUGGGCGAGUUUGUGAGCGACGUCUUGCUGGUACCAGAGAAGUGCCGAUUCUUCCACAAGGAAGGCAUGGAUGUCUGUGUGAGCCAUCAGCAGUGGCACGGAGUCUCCAAAGAGGCUUGCGCCAAGAGCGGCAUGGUCCUGCAUAGCUACGGCAUGUUGCUCCCCUGCGGCGUCGACAAAUUCCACGGCACGGAGUACGUGUGCUGCCCCCCCUCCCACGUCGAGAGGCCCGGCCAACAGCCGCAGCCCUCUCAAGAGGAGGAAGACGAGGAGGGCAACAAGGAUGACGAUGAAGAGGACCUGAUGGAGCUGGACGAGGAUGAGGACGAAGAUGAAGACGAGGAGAGUGAGGCCCCAGCUCAGGAGCAACCAACUCGGAAGAUCGAGGUCGUAGAGGAAGUGGAGGACGACGAAGAUGAGGGAGACGAAGAGGAGGAAGCAGAGGAGGAAGAGACGGACUACGCAGACUACGAGGGAGACAACGAAGAGGAGACUGAGUCGAAGGAAAAGAACAGAGGGAGCCGACCCGCUGACUCAUCUCUGCAGGAGGUCAAAGCCGUGUGCUCCCUCCCUGCCGAGACGGGGCCGUGCCGCGCCUCCAUGCCACGCUGGCACUUCGACUUGAGUCGGAAGAGAUGCGUGCGCUUUGUGUACGGGGGCUGUGCUGGCAACCGGAACAAUUUCGACUCUGAGGAGUACUGCAUGGAGGUCUGCAGGCUGAUGAUCCCGCCCACCCCUCAGCCCACCGACGAGGUGGAUGUGUAUUUCGAGACGCCGGCGGACGACAAGGAGCACAGCCGCUUCCAGAGGGCCAAGGAGCAGCUGGAGAUCCGGCACCGCAACCGCAUGGAGAGGCUAAGGAAGGAAUGGGAGGACGCUGAACUGCAAGCCAAGAAUCUUCCCAAGACGGAGAGGCAAACUCUGCUCCAGCACUUCCAAGCCAUGGUGGAGUCCCUGGAGGAGGAAGCAGCCAGUGAGAAGCAGCAGCUGGUGGAGACCCACCUGGCUCGGGUGGAGGCCAUGCUGAAUGACAGGCGCCGCAUCGCACUGGAAAACUACCUGGCUUUUCUGCAAGCCGACCCCCCCAGGCCCCAUCGCAUCCUUCAGGCCCUCCGGAGGUACGUCCGGGCCGAGAAUAAAGACCGCCAGCACACCAUCCGCCACUACCAGCAUGUCCUCGCCGUCGACCCCGACAAGGCUGCCCAGAUGAAGUCCCAGGUGAUGACCCACUUGCACGUGAUUGAGGAGAGAAUGAACCAGAGCUUGUCACUGCUGUACAAGGUCCCGUAUGUGGCUGAGGAGAUCCAGGAUGAAAUCGAUGAGCUCCUACAGGAGCAGAAGGCAGACAUGGACCAGUUCCUGUCCUCUAUCUCCGAGUCCCAGCCCGAUGUGACGGUGUCUUCCGAGGUGACUGUGGCUCGGGCCGGCUCGGAAGGAGAACCUUACCGUCCCUUCCAGGUCGACACGCUGGGUUCUCGGCAGGUGAUCGAGGGUCCACUUCCCGAUUCCCCACGCGCCAUCAAGAAAGGGUCAGGGAUCUCGGGCCUCGACGGGCUGAUCGGUGCCGAGGAGAGAGUCAUUAACAGCAAGGGGAAGAUGAACGAGGACGUGGUGAUUGAUGAGUCUCUGGAUGUUAAAGAGGUGAUUUACAGUGCAGAGAGAGUCAACAGUGUGCAUGAUGAUGAGCUGGAAUCAUACCGGCCCCUGGGGGAGGAGUUUAGCUUUGGGAGCAGUGCUCUGAUUGGUCUGCUGGUAAUUGUUGUGGCCAUAGCGACAGUGAUUGUGAUCAGCCUCGUCAUGCUACGGAAGAGGCAGUAUGGCACCAUCAGUCAUGGUAUCGUGGAGAUUGAUCCCAUGCUGAGCCCAGAGGAGCGCCACCUGAGUAAGAUGCAGAACCACGGCUAUGAGAACCCCACCUACAAAUACCUGGAGCAGAUGCAGAUCUAGCUCAGGGGGCGCUGUGGAGCAGAGAAAAGAGCAGUCGAGGGCAAACAUACCACUAAACAAUAACAAUACUGUCCAAAAAAUAUUCUUCCAACAUGACAAUUGCGAAUCGUGUCACAUUAUAAACCUUUAUAAUAAAAUCUUUAAGUAAUGCUACUAUGGUUUUAUUGUAGAACAGGUUACUUUUGUCCUCCCCCCUCUAAAAAGGCAGCGUAACAAUUUAAAACUCCUGCGGAAUGUGAUUUGACAAAUUAUUCAACAGUGAAUGUUUCCAGAAUAAGGAAAAUUACUCCACUUGGAUUCAUUCGGCAUGUAGGGGUUUUUAAAUUGCCAGACCAAGUGUGCAAUUGGUUCACAUCAACUAAAUGUAAUUUAAUAAGUUGUUUAAAAUUGUCAAAAUGUCUAAACCUAGAUUCUAAGGUUUUUUUUUUUCUUUUCAUUUUAAUAGAUUGCUUGUAUAUGAAGGUUCUUUUUACUGAUUUUAAUGUAUAGUGAAACAAAAAGGGUUUUAUUUUUUCCAUUCUUUGCUAUUAACUACAAACUAAUGUAUUUCUUAAUACAAAUAGGUGUUACUUCAUUCCUCCUUUCCCCCUCACUAAAAGCUGAUGUGUAGGAUGUGAUGGUAUCGAUAGGAACACCUCGGGGUGCGUGUGUGUGUGCGCGUGUGUGCGCGUGUGUGUGUGUGUGUGUGUGUGUGUGCGUGCGCACACACACGCGCGCGAGUUCAUGGGGCCACACAGCCCUCCAACCUCAAACUCCCUUACCAAGCACAGGCAAACGGAAGCCCUGUGAUAUCACUCCAUUUCCUAUUCCGUUUGGAUGGUCACAGUGGCGUCUCCCUCGAAUUGCCAAUUGCUCAGUUUCAGUGAAACUGAUUCAUAAGGACCCCGGAAUAGAAGAAAACGAGGGACGUUCUCGAUUUAAAAGACAUUUUCUGGCCUGACAGUCUUGUGUGAAUAUAUCAGUGUCAACGCAGCAGCAGCCAUAACAUUUUCAGUUCUGGUGAAAGAACGGCAAGGAAGAAGCAGCAUGGCACUGCAUAUGUGUCACUUUUAAAUUAUAAGCUCGUUAAUUUCUGUAUAAUACAGGGCAGAGCUCUAAUAUAUAACAAAUAAGACAUUUACCGUUGGUUAUGUCUGGCAAAGGGUCAUUGAGGGCUGGAGGCCUGUACAGACCAACAAUCGGGCCCAGACAGCAGGUCUAACAGAGGCACAACCCGUUUCCCAUGUAAAUGAUGCAGAGAGAACUGAAUUUCUUUUCACACAUAAUAAUGUCUUUGUAUGCCUGUAUAGUUGAUGUCUCUGUCGUGGCUUUUAUGGAAGACAACCUGUGGUGUGCAUUGUUCUUCUGACCUAUAUAAAUAUAUAUAUAUAUAUUUUCCAGAUUUGUUUUCUUUUUGUUUCCUAUUUCGGAUUCUGUUCCCUUCCCGUGGCAGUACCUCCUACGUAUGUGGCUGUCUCACUAUGCACCAAAAUGGCUUAAAAUCUUGUAAGUACCUGCUUAGUUGCAGGAGGAGUAAGAAUGAUUACAAAUAUACAUACAUUUUAAAAUAAAGCAAAAUUAUGUCGAUUGCAGAGGUGGGGGGGCGUAUCAAUAAAUUCACUUUCUUCCAUA